CCGAAAGCAGACUCUUGACUAACAAAGUUUCCUUCCCACUCAAGAUUCACUUCUCUUGAAGGACUCAAAGUCUGUCGUUUUUGGGGCAGUUAUACAUUGUAACGACUCUUCUUGACGGGACUGCUUCUCGACGACCAAAGGAUAAACCAAAGAGGCGGUCAAGCGGUUGUGAUACGGACACCUUUGUCCACUCCUGUGUACCAUGGCUCGUUUUGCUGCCACACUCUGUGUCGUCAUCCUGUCGGGAUUCAUCGACCUCACAGCAGCAAACAAAGACACUUGUGAUCUUCAUGCCGUAGUUGGACAGAGUCUGACUCUGCCAUUUGUCUACGAGGAACUGGUAAACUCACAUGUGCUGAGAUGGACUCAUAACCGCACGAUCAUUUUAUACAGACAAGGCAAAGUGUCCAUUGGAAAGUUGGAGGACUUAUCUGCAACCGGAUCUCUUUUGCUGAAGAACCUACAAUACUCAAGUGCAGGGGUAUACCAAGCGCAGUUGUUGAAUCCCAACGGUACACUGGCUAAGGCAUGGAGUGGUCGUCUCUGUGUGAUGGACAAGGUAAUAAAACCUCAACUCGUCUACACGUGUGACCCCAAGUCUGGUGCCGUUAAUCUCAAUUGUCACGUAGCUAAACCUCAGAAUUGGAUGUUUUCAUGGACACUCAAUGAAAAGACCUUAACCAGCGAGACGAGGCCAACGCUGAGCAUAUCGCUGACUCGGCUGAAAGGCGAGAUGAGCUUUACAUGUAGUGUGGAAAACAAAGUCAGCAAGGAAAAGAGUGACACUGUCCGCCCGACUUGUAAAAGUCCACCACCAGCACCAACAAUCUGUUUUAAAUCCAAAACUCUUGUCGCAGUGCUGGCGGGAGGAGCGGGUCUGAUUCUGUUUAUGCUCAUCAUAAUCAUCGUGUUAUGCAUCUGCCACAUACGCAUCAAAACCCAAAUGCGACGCAGGCAUGGAGGGGAGAUGGCGAUGCUUUCUCUAAACAAGCGAGUGCCUGACUCAGAGUAUGAGACUAUACUCCCAACUGAGGACUCUCCACCCCUGAGACACAAUUCUUCCCCCGUAGCCUGUUACGAGAAGGUUUCCCAGCCUGAAGCGCAGACUGAAAACAGGCCCGCACAGCCGUCCACAGAUGCUGCAGCAGAACCGUCACCUGUGCCGAAGCCGAGGACGAAGAGCCCCCACAUGCCAAACAUCUGAGUCUACCUCCCUCUCUUACUGUCCUUGGAACUUUUUUAUUUUUUUUGUCCGUGCUUUUUUUAACAAACCAAAAUUAAAUAAAUUGCUUCAUAAAAUGUUCUGUUUCUGUUCCCAAUUUGAAAUUAUAUUAUAUCAUGACACACUGUGGGCCUGCGAGGCAGAAUUGUAAAUAGUAGCAUCUUUAUUUACCCAGAAACGUUAAAUGUGAUUUCAUGGCUGAUCUUUGUUAAGGUUUUAUUGUUAAUGUUUUCAAUUUUGCCUUUAUAGUGGUGGGGGUAAAUGGUUGGAUGGGAGUAUAAAGGGGACCUAUCAGCUUUAUUAUGACUUGUCUGCAGAUUCAAUGUACGUCUGUCUUAUAAAUAAAGCAAUAAAAGCAUGAAAUGACCAAACCAA